UAACAUCCCACUCGCUGUUCGAUGUCAAGGUCGAUGUAUACAAAUGCAAACACGAACGCAUCAGUACUAUAUGUCGGUGUGUCGACGUAUGUCAGGAAUAAGUGGAAUGGUUUUUGUUUGUACUACGAACUGUUAUUGGGUAUAGUAAUUAUCUAAAAAUGCUAUUGAGACAGUUUGUUCGUAGUGCUCACUUAAAUAUAACAACGCGAUGCUUUACUCGUAGCAAUGUUAUACGAGAAAUAAAUAAUGUAGACAAAACUCCUGCACAAAAAAGUAAUGAAACCGUAAAGGAUACUACAGGUGUCAUAGGAUCACGCAUGUAUCCUGUAACUAAUUUUGAUAAGCGAAUACUGGUUUGGGUAAAGCGUUAUCCAAGUGUUGCAGAUGUUCCUAAUAAUGUUACAGAAGACUGUAUGCUCGCUGCAAGAAGUAAAGCACGAAUCAAGACCUGUCAUUAUAUGAUUGUUAUUACCCUAAUUGGCUGCUUAGGCGCUGCAAUACUUGGGAAAAGAGCUGCUGCAAGUGGAGACAGUUUAUUUAAACAAAGAGAAGAGUGGCUUCAGCAAAGAUUGAAAGAAGAUAAAAAUAAAUAAAUAUGUAAAUACUCAGGAAAUGUAUAGCAAUCUUUUUAGGAUUAAUUUUCAGAGAAGCGCAAAUGGAUACUCUAAAAAUAUUAUCGAUUGUUAUUAUUUUAAAAUAUUUUCAUAUAUUUUUUUAAAACGUUUAAUUUUGAUCACUUUAAUGAUUCGUAUUAUAAUAUAUAAGGCUGUUCCUUAAAAUAGCAAUCUCUGUUAUAGUAACAAAGCAACAAAAUACAAGCAACAAAAUUCUAUGUAUAUACAGAUAUCUAUCGUAAAAUUGUGUAUUUUAUUUACAUUUAGAUCAACGAUUCAUGUAUAAUGUGUACAAUGAUCGACUCUCAUUAGAUUUAUCAGUAAGCAAUUUUUAAUUUGCUUUUACAAUAUAACAAAAUAUCUGAA